UUUGCAAUUGCAGGGGACGUGUCGACCUAAUUCUCUUUUGGUUUACCCAAUUCUUCAUUUUGGCUCCCAAAAAUCUCUUCAUCUGUCUUGUAAGAAGCUUUCCCCUCGAUCCCAAGAUGAGUGAAGAAGUGAACGAGAGUCAAGUCGCAAAGACUCAGCGAUCAGCUCCCCGCCUGAAUGAGAGGAUCCUCUCAUCCUUGUCCAGGCGAUCUGGUGCCGCCCAUCCGUGGCACGAUCUUGAGAUCGGACCUGGAGCUCCUCAAAUCUUCAAUGUGGUUGUUGAGAUCACGAAAGGCAGCAAGGUCAAGUAUGAACUUGACAAGAAGACAGGACUCAUCAAGGUUGAUCGCAUCUUGUACUCAUCGGUUGUCUACCCACAUAACUACGGUUUCAUUCCCCGUACAUUGUGUGAAGACAACGAUCCAUUGGAUGUUUUAGUUAUCAUGCAGGAACCUGUGCUUCCAGGUUGUUUUCUUCGAGCCCGAGCUAUCGGACUGAUGCCCAUGAUUGACCAGGGUGAGAAAGAUGACAAGAUCAUUGCGGUUUGUGCUGACGAUCCAGAGUACAAGCAUUACACUGACAUCAAGCAACUUCCCCCUCAUCGCCUCACCGAAAUCCGGCGUUUCUUUGAAGACUACAAGAAGAACGAGAACAAGGAAGUAGCAGUGGACGAGUUUCUCCCAUCAGAGACUGCAGUUGAAGCCAUCCAACACUCUAUGGACCUAUACGCGGAGUACAUUCUGCACACCCUCCGGCGAUGAAGAAGAAGCUUCCUCUCACCAUUCAUGGCGCCUUUUUUUUUCCUUAUCCAAACUAAUAUGUUUGAAUAAGCAUUUCUUUUUUCUUUUUUCUUUUUUCUUUUUUUUUUUAAAAAACGGAUGGACAUUGAUGACAUCUCUAUGUAGGAUCUUCUUGAUCUCUGUGGAUGGGCUCGACAUAAUAAAGUGUCGGAUAAUUUAAAUUUUGGACCAUAAAUGUCCAAUAAAA